CUCAAAGGGAGCUCUGCCUGCUUGCUAAGAUUCCAAAACUUUCACUCCGUCAGUAUUCAUCUCGACUUUAGCUCUUUGAAAACUUGAAGGUUUAGUUCAUAACUUGUGCACUCGCUUUUAAACGUUUUUUUUUCUUGGCUACUUCAGUAACCGUUUAGGUUGGUGUUGCAAUUAAAGCGGACCGCGACGAUGUUCAGAGCGGGCCAGCUCAUAUGAGAGAUGUGCGAUUACUGUUUAAAGGGAGGGGCUUGCACAGUCCUGUAGUAGGCUAUCAUUGAAUCCUGAGAAAACCGAAGCUCAACUCUGUUCAUCUCCGUUAACUGGCCUUCCUGGCGUUGUCUGUCUGCGGCGAACCCGAAUUAAGAACAAUAACUGUCACUCAACUCAACAGGGCGUAACCAUGGACGACGACUUUGAGCGCCGCCGUGAGCUGAGGAGGCAGAAGAGGGAGGAGAUGAGGCUGGAGGCCGAACGAGUGGCCUACCAGAGAAAUGAUGAGGAUGAGGAAGAGGCGUCCCGGGAGAGGAGACGAAGGGCGCGCCAGGAGAGGAUGAAGAGCAGGGAGGGGGAGGAGUCUAGCGGGCAAACAGACACCUUGGCGAUAAACAACAGCCACAGCGUGACGGAGAGUUCCGGAGGUGGAGAUGACGAGGAGCAGGCUCUGAUGGAGCGCAUGGCCAAGAGGGAGGAGCGACGCCUGCGCCGCCUGAAGGAGGCGCAGGACAGACAACAGGGGGCGGACGCCCCCGACAACGACGCGGCGGCCAACAGCGCCGAAGAGGAGAGGCCGCUCGGACGCAGGGGGCGCUACCACGACAACGAAGAGGAGGAAGAGCAGGGGAGGAAGAUGACGAUGACGCGGGGCAGAGAGGAGGAGGAGGAAGAGAAGGAGGAGGAGGAGGCUGUCCCAGAGGAAGAGGAGGAGAAAGAAGAAGUGGAGGAGGAAAAGCCCAGCAGGUCUUAUAUGAGAGAGCAGGAGUCCUGUGAGGAGAAAACUAACAUGUCACACAUGCAAAACGAGGACCAACAACAACAGCUGAACUCUAACUCAGCAUUAGAACAGAUCCCAGAUCAGCAUGAGUCAGAUGAGGAGGAAGAGGAGGAGGAGAGGAUAGAGAAUGAGGAAGAGGAGGAGGAGGGGAUAGAGAAGGAGGAAGAGGAGGACUGUGAGAGAGCAGAGAAUGGCGUGGGCCUGGUGUCCCAGAGGGGCGGGGCCAGGGAGCAGGGGGAGUGGCAGAGGAAGCAGAACGGAGGCCUGCAUGAGGAGACUCCGCCCAUGCAGAACAGGAAACCAGAGAGAACCCUCAGUCGCGGCAGCAUGCGCGGCCCCGAGCCGGGGGUGGGGGAGGAUCCAGACGACGCUGCCACCCGGCAGGAGGCGGAGCGCAAGCUGGAGGAGCUGAAGCGUCGCCGUGACGACGCGGAGGUGGAGGAGUUUGAGCGGAUGAGGCAGAAGCAGCAGGAGGCGGAGCAGGAGCUGGAGGAGCUGAAGAAGAGGAGGGAGGAGAGGAGGAAGGUUCUGGAGGAGGAGGAGAGGCAGAAGAAGCAGGAGGAUGAGGAGAGAAAGGCACGAGAGGAGGAGGAGAAGAGGAGGAUGAAGGAGGAGAUCGAGAGGAGGAGAGCCGAGGCAGCGGAGAAGAGGCAGAAGGUGGAGGACACGAUGGAGGGAGGAGAGGCCAAGCCCUUCAAGUGUGUCAGUCCCAGAGGGUCGUCUCUCAAGAUUGGUGAGAGGGCAGAGUUCCUGAACAAGUCGGCCCAGAAAAGCUCUCUGAAGCUGGCCCACUCCCCUGUGGUGUCUAAGAUCGGCAACAGGCUGGAGCAGUACACCUCAGCAGCCCAGAGGGAGAACAAGGACUCUCGCUCCCCUCGCUCCGGGGCGGUGGACCUGCCCAUGGUCACAGAUGGCAUCCGCAACAUCAAGAGCAUGUGGGAGAAGGGCAACGCGUUCACCUCCCCUGGGGGGGCAGGGGGAACCUUCAAGGAAGCAGCUGGGAUGAAGAUAGGCGUGGCCGGCCGCAUCAACGACUGGCUGAACAAAACCCCCGAGAGCAAGACCCCAGGAGGCCGGCCGGCGGACCUAAAGCCGGGUGAUGUCACCAACAAACGGAGUCUAUGGGAAAACAAAGGAGCUUCUCCUACCAAGGUGUCAGGCCGAGGAGAGGCUAAAUCAGUCACCAACGGCAUGGGACACUAAUGCUUCAGAGCGAUGAUGCAGGCGGGACCAAGACAAUCCUAGACUUUUCUUUACUACGUGCAUGUAACCAAAGCUGCCCUCCUUGUCCCAGCCACCCCUGCAGAGGAGAGGAGACAAGUCACAUCCAGGACUUGUGCUGGGAACCAACCAUCACAGCACACCACCUUUGCACAUUGAAUUGACCUUUCUAAAAGAAAACUAAAUGCUGUGAAAUUUGGACAUUUAUGAUUCUAUGAUAUUCUUUUUUUUUCUUUUUUUUUUUUGUUGAGAAAAAUAUUUUAUUUCAAACCUGCAGAAAGAAAGAAAAACUGACAUUUAAAUUAGAUGUAUCCCUUGACCCUCAAUCGUCUUUCAUUUGUUUUGAUGAGAUAGAGAUCGCUCUUAAAGAUGACUCCAUGUGUCAGUGUUUCAAAGAGGGUUCAACAUCCACUCUAUCAAAAACACUCCAUCUCGUCACCUUUAUUUAUAUUUCAGGCAGAAGCUUCACUCAUAGAUAUUUUAUACCUGGUCACCAAUUCAGGACAUGCAGACAUACAGGAAGCACUUCUAGAUCUAGCUUAUUUCACUUUUAUAUGUAUUAUCAUUAGUGCAACAAUGGUCUGAGUAAUAUAUGUUAGCAUAUACAUGUUUUUGAUAUAUGAAAAUCAUACUGUAACCUAUACUACAGCUUUAUACUCUAAAUGUUUUGCUUUUGUACUCAUAAAAUGACUACCAAUCAAGAAAGGGGAAAUCAAUGGAAAGUAAAGAAAUGAUAGAAACGUUGAGAAGGCCAAUAUAGCUUUUACUAUACUAUUGUCAUUAUAAUUUAUGUUUUUUUUUUUUACGUUUUUGUCUUUUUUUCUGAGCUUAUUUUUGUAACUUUUAUAUCUGUUGUUUGUAACUUUUUAAUUUACAGACACAUUCCACUUCGUACACAUUCCUCUGCCUACACACUCGUUUUGGGUUUAAGAGAUGAACUUCUGCAGGAAGUGACAUCACAGAGGGAACACACGCUCUGCUCUCAGAGAAACCUUGGAUCUCUUCCACUGCAGAUCUGUACACCAGCUGAACCAGAUCCAGCUGGACGAUUUAACCAUCCACUAUGGUCAUAGAUCUACUAUUUUACACUUUUGUAGCUUAGGUAUUAGUCAGUUUGGUCUCUGUUGGCUUGUCUAGGCAUUGGAAGCUUGUCCAGGCAUUGGACGCUUGUCUAGGCAUUGGAAGCCUUAGACAUAGGCACAGGCUAGUUACAUAGUACUGUAAACCAUUAAAUCAUCUUCUUGGCCUUGUAAUCUGACCACUGGUUAUAGCAUUUAAGCGCAAUGUACUCCUCUGCACUGUACUGUUGCCUGAUACUUACUAAGUGACGAUUUGGGUAACUGCAGUUUUUUUUAUACUUCACUUUCAGUAAUUUAGUUAAUUAUCUUUCACAUUCCAUUUUAAUUUUAUUGAAUUAAUAUUGCAUGACUUGCUUGGUUAAGGGUGUGGCAGGUUGUCAAAGGCAUUCGAUUGGUCGAUGAUUUGCGCUAUACUAUGACACAACUGUGACAAUCACAUUCCAUGACUUCUGGCGUCCAGCAAGGGGGAAGUCUGACCAAAAUCGUUUUUGUUGUGUUUCUGUAUGUGAUAUUAAUAAUAAUGUUAUUUUUCAUAUUUUUGCUAUUUGAUGUUUUUCUCUUUCUGUCUUUGUAUUUCCAUGUUAAACACCUGCAUGUAUAUGUAGAAACUAUGAACCUAUGUAGUGCUCACUAUCUGUAGUGUUCAGACCCCUCUAGUGUGGUGGCAGUAAUGGGUUGACCCAUGCUGAAUGAAUGUUUUAAACAUUGUACCGCUGACCCAGCAACAGAAAUAAAACCAUACAAAUAUUCAAA